CUUAAGUGCAGUUGAGCUGUUGUGUGUUUGUCUCUGUAUUCAUACAGUAAAAUGGCAGAUGCUAGAAUUUUCCAGGCUGAGUUCACAUGUCCAGCUUGUCAGGAUCUCCUGCAGGAUCCAGUGGCCAUUCCCUGUGGACACAGUUACUGUACGAUCUGUAUUACAGGCUGCUGGGAUCAAGAGGAUCAGAAGGGAGUCUACAGCUGCCCUCAGUGCAGACAGACCUUCAGUCCAAGACCUGCUUUAGCUAAAAUCACCGUGCUGGCUGAAGUGGUGGAGAAGCUGAAGAAGACCAGACUCUCUGAUAACUGUUACGCUGGAGCUGGAGAUGUGCAGUGUGACGUCUGUACUGGAAGAAAAUACAAAGCUGUCAAGUCCUGUCUGGUGUGUCUGAACUCUUACUGUCAGAAUCACCUCGAACAACAUGAGAGUUUCUUUAAAGGAAAGAAACACAAAGUGACUGAAGCCACUGGACGACUGCAGGAGAUGAUCUGUCAGAAACAUCAGAAGCUUCUUGAGGUUUUCUGUCGCACUGACCAGAAGUGUAUAUGUGUGCUGUGUGCGAUGGAUGAACAUAAAAACCACAGCACUGUAUCAGCUGCGGCACAAAUGACAGAGACACAGCACCAGCUGAAAGAGAAGCACAAGACUUUCCAGCAGAGACUCCAGCAGAGAGAGAAAGAUCUCCAGCAGCUGAGAGAGACUGUGGAGUCUCAGAAGCGCUCUGCACAGACAGCAGUGGAGGACAGUGAGAGGAUCUUUACUGAGCUCAUCCUCUCCAUUGAGAGAAGCCGCUCUGAGCUGAUACGACUGAUCAGAGAUCAGGAAAAGACUGCAGUGAGUCGAGCUGAAGAACGACUGGAGCGACUGGAGCAGGAGAUCAAUGAUCUGAGGAGGAGAGACGCUGAGCUGGAGCAGCUUUCACACACACAGGAUCACAUCCAGUUCCUGCAGAGUUUCCAGUCUCUCUCAGCACCUCCUGAAUCUACAGACGUAAAUGAUGAUCUCUUCAGUUCUCUCUUCUCUUCUGAUGCUCUGAGAGAAUCUGUCCAUCAGCUGAGAGACAAACUGGAGGAUUUCUGCGAAGAGGAGCUGAAGAAGAUCUCAGACAGAGUUGCUGCUGCUACAGGUCCCUCUGUGUGCUACAACCUGUCUCCAGCAUAUCCUCAGAUUUCAUCCAAAAAAACUGAUCUCAUAAGUCCUUCUACAGCAAAGGUGACACCUGUAGAGGAGCUCAAAGGCUCUGCUCCAGUGGCUCCUCCAGCCAAAGUGUUUUCUUUUGGACUGUCUGGAGAUUCUGCUAAGAACACCACCAGUGCUGAUGUCAGCUUGAAGGGCUUCACAUUUGGAUCUAUAAAAACAGUUUCUUCUGGGUUUAGAUUGAAGGAUGCUGUGGUUACAUCUGCUGGCUCUGGAGCUCAGGCAGAGAAGGAAACGAUUCGGACUGAUGCACCACAACGUAAGAAUGUGUCAGCAGCUCCAGUGCUCCCAUGUAAUACUGCACCAUGCAGCACUGAAAAAAGUAAUGCAACGCUGGAAGAAGGGUUAAUUUUGGUUACAAAAGAUGGAAAGGAGGAUUUCCUGGGAGGAAAUAAGGCUACAUCUAGUCACAGCAUUUUGUGUCAGACGGCAAAACCAAAUAUGAAAAACAAGACCUCUGCUGCUCCGUCAAGCUUCUCUUUUACCUCCAGUUCUGUCUGCCAACCUGCUGCGACAACAUUUAAAGCCAAUCCAGGCAAUGCUCUUAGGUCCAGUACAGUAACUGAUAAAGCAUCCUUAGAAGGCUUCAAGAUUGAGUCCUCUACAACUGAGGCUGAAAAGUCAUCAAGCAGUUCAACCUUUUCAUUUUCCAUGCCAGUAUCCGGUGGUGUAUUCAACUCUGGUAUUGCAAAAUCUGAGGUAAAAACAUCAGACAAACAGUCACAAAAUGGAUCUACAUCAGACUUUCUGAAAAAUGUUGCUGUAAUUCACAAAGAGGAAAAAAAAGAGGCAGCCCCGAGUUCCUCAGAUCAGUCUGUAGAUGCUUGCCAUCAUGAUAAUAGUCCGCUCAAUACCGAUCAAGGUUCUGAAGGUGCAUUGAGGAAUCUGAAGGGAAAAUCAGCAGCAAACAUGUGA